CCAUACAAGUGUGAGAACACACUUGUAACGGGAGGAGGAGAGCGGUGGCAGCACCGCUGCGUGUGCUAUCACAAAGCUGAUUUCUAUUGUCGGGAAUGCGCGGAAAGGCGCACAGCAGCUCCACGUGAAGCGCAGCGCCUGGCAGAAACGAGGCGGACUGAAGACCCACGAGCCUGUAGUUAGUUUCCCACCCAUUCUUCCAUUUCUCCUCCAGCCUGGACUUCAUUCGGAAAAGCAAAGAUACAGAUCGGAGUGAAGAAACAGGAUUAAUCCGAGGGAAGUCGAGCGAUCUGACGAUGAAGAAGAACAAUUCGGCGAAGCGGGUACGAGCCCCAGAGGAGUGGGCGCUAUUGUCACUGUGGCUUUAACUAACACGCGUCUUUGUGCUUUAACACUUUGUCUCUGGAUACAUUUGGGAAACACACAUGCUGAUGCUCGAUCUGCUCGAUUAUGCGCCAUUGUAGCUCUGUUUUUGUACGUGUGGGCUGCUGGACUCCAUCACUAAUCCCCAUUUGUUAUUGCAGAACUGACAUUUUCCAUCUGCGUUUUUUCUCUUUCCUUCACUUGCACGUUUUUUGUUGAUCCAUGCGUGAAUUAGUGGACUGCAUAAAGUAAAGAGCCAUUGUGUCCUUACACUGAUCUCCUGUGGAAAGUUCAGCACCGACUCAAGCUCACAGUUGGUGUUGCACAAAGAAUGGGACGAUCUCCAUGACAAAGGCAAUGGCUUUGCAGGACUCCAGCCAGCAGCCUGCUCAACCCGAUAAAGUGGGAUGGAUUCGCAAGUACUGUGGCAAAGGCCUUUUCAGGGAGAUCUGGAAAAACAGAUAUGUGGUGCUGAAAGGAGACAAGCUGUACAUCUCGGAGAAAGAGGUGAAGGAUGAGAAGAAAAUUCAGGAGGUGGUGGACCUUACCGACUAUGAGAGGUCUGAGGAGCUUCGCAAGUCCAAGAGUCGGACCAAGAAAAAUCACAGCAAGUUUACGUUGCUGUGCGCCCGCCAACCAGGCAACACGGUUCCAAAUUUGGUCUUCCUGGCUGUCAGUCCAGAGGAAAAAGAGUCAUGGAUCAAUGCCUUAAACAUAGCCAUCACCAGGGGCAAGAACCGCAUUCUGGACGAGAGCCGACUUGCUACUUGCACUUCUUAUACACUCAUCAGGAGAGGAAGGGAUGGAGAGGAUGGAGUCAGCACACAAAGCCAGGUUUCAGUGGAAGGUGAAAGCUGUUUGGUUCAUCCCACGCGCGACCGAGCUAAGAUCCCACACACACGCCGACUUCCCACCCGCGGGCACCUUUUGGCUGUGGCCUCAACAUCCACAUCAGAUGGUAUGCUGACCCUUGACCUCAUUCAGGAAGAAGAUAUGCCAUCUCCUGAGGCACAGGACCAGAACAAAUCUGCAAACUCCAGUGUGGACACCUGUAAACUUCUGCCUGAUUGUGAGGCUACAGUCAAAUCUCAGAGCCUGCCACGUAAAAGCGAGAGCUCUUGGACCUGGUGUGAGAGCCAAGCACAAACGCCCAGGGCUGGAAAGAUGUUCCGUACCACAGACAAGAACCGCUGCGCCUCCAUGGAUGAGAUCCUCUCUCACUCAGACGCUAAGAGAUCAAUCCCACACUGCGCAGCCUCAGCCCCCGCACAGUCCAUCUGCCAGCUACAGGAGCUCAUCUCGUUAAAACUGGAGAGAACUCAGGAGCUGCUGUGUGAGGCACGGGGUCACAGCCAGGGUCACAGUGCAGAUUCUGCCCCUGGCAAGGAGGCGGAACGCCUGCUGGAGCAGGCGGCAAGUGCCUGGGGGCAGGCCAGAGACGUGCUGGAGGAGGUGAAGGAAAUCAGAGUGCUGUGCAAGCAGCUAGAGGAGGUCUCCUGCUCUAGUGACAAGCUGAAAAGCCCAAAACAAAAUCAAUAUAGGAAGAGCAUGAUGUGAAGAUGUGGACAAGGUGAUGCAAUGAGGCCUGGUGAUGCAACUAAUGGACAUAAAAAUUAAUAAAAAUUGGACUGUGAGACUGAUCAAUAUUCAAUUUGGACAGAAAUGCCUCUAAUUUGUCAGGCUACACACCUUCAACAUUGUCCCAGCUCGUCAGAAGCUUUGUAAAGUCUUCUUAAAUGUUAGAGUGUUUAAAGACACAUUCACUCUACUCUACAUCUGCAACCUUCUACAAUAGUUUUUAUAUUAAAAAACCUUUAGCAAUCUCACCCUGAGACAUCUGAAGUCAUGCAACUUAUAGCACAUAACAGAAAUCACUGAGAGACCUUAUUUAUAUUGCAGAAAUGGUUCGAUUGUGAUGCCACCCUAUGCCUGAAUUUUGUGAAUUUCCUCAAAGGACUCUCACAACUGAUUUCCUACUAAUUGACAUUACAUGACAGUUAGCAUGUGUGUAAAUGUUUAAAUUGUACCUGGAGACUUUGGUCCUGUUUUACUACAGCUGAUACUGAUACAGCUGAUAUGUAGAAGGUUGUCCAAAGCCACAAACAAGAAAUUUGCCAUAAUCCAGUCAUUGAUCAUGUUACAGAACGUGCAUGUUGUAGCCAUUGUGAACUUCUGUCUGCUCUACAAAAUCCUGAUUUGUUCCUCUUCCCUCAGUAGCAGUGGCAGAGUGGAGCCAAUAAUAUAUACUCACCUGGAGCCAAUAAUAUAUACUCAACGGUCACUUGAACACGUGCUCAGCCUAUCAUGUGGCAGCAGCACAAUGCAUAAAAUCAUAUAUAUUCAGGUCAAGAGCUUCGGUCAAUGUGCACAUCAAACAUCAGCAUGGGGAAAAAUAUGAUCUCAGUGACUUUGAUUGUGGCAUAGAUUUUGGUGCCAGAAGGGCUGGUUUGAGUGUAACAGAAGCUGCUGAUGUCCUGGGACAGAAAUUCGCAGCUGCUCUGUUAUGUUGGUUUUUUGCUGCACCAAAAACCAAUAUAGCAUAGGUCAGGGUAUUUUGGAGUGUUAGCUCUAACUCUGCUGUCACGGAGCCCUUUAUGAAGUGGAUUAAUAUGGAAGAGCAAAGCAUCCCAGGCAAUGGAGCUACUGAGAAAACCACGGGCAUCACCAACCUGCCACAAUGUGAAAGUUUUAUUUUUCUACUUAAUACACUGGAACAGCUCUGGUUCAUUGAGGAUGGAAGUCUCCAAGGCUCUGGACUUUAUGGGGCUGUGCGAGUCUUUGCUGCUUCUCUAAUGUUUUCCUAAUGAUGCUCAGCACACAUGGUCUAUUAUAUACGUACAGAACGUCAGUAUGUACACUGAAUAAAUCAGAUGCAGCCAACAGCAGUGGCGGCCGUGGUGAAGAGGCUUACUGCAUACGUGCAAAAGAAAGCUGAUGUUGAAUUUUAUGAUGUUUGCUAGGUAUUUCUGUGUACUUUCUCUGCAAACUUUCUUUCAAAGUAGGUGGAAUCAAACUCAAAAAAGCCAUGCGUAGAUAUAUAGUCAGGAAUACAGAUAAAAUCUGGUGCCAGUGUUGCUGUAGGUUUUGGAAGGAGGAAGAGACAGAACUGCCAUUAGAUCUGAGAUUCAGUGUUUGUGGAGGCUUGAAAGCUUAAUGGAAAUGGAUAAUAAUCUCAAAUUUGCACUAUUGAAUGCUGUAAAACUGAAGUGAAACUGGCAACCUGUCUUUUUGUACCCACUAAGGCACAGAGCAGACAAUCUAACAGUAGCUAGCUCACAGUCAGUUACCUAAAAUGUUGGUACGAGGAUUAAAAAAAAAAAAAAAAAAAAUUCAAAUGCUGCCUUAGUGUACUUUCCAAGGGCACAUGCAGUUUCAAAGACAUUUGUGUUUUCCAGUAAUGAAAUUUCACCUUCAAGUUGCCUGAACCAAUAAGAGGUGACAUGCAGUGGCACAGAGGCCUUUACAUUAGACCUAAUUUGCUUAAGCGAAUCUCUGCAGAUAGAAAACUAUGCAAUAUUGCAUACAAGCCUGAAAUAAACAGGCAUCAAGACUUACUGGUGAUGUAUAGUGUGGUACUGUAACAGACCAAAGGGCAUGUGCUGCCAGUAACUAACGUCUUGUUUUACAGUUAGUAGCUCAUUAACGUGUUUGCACAAUUCCGUAGGUAUGAUUUAAAUCUGUUCUGUUAUUUAGACCUGAUUACAAACAGUGUUAUUUUUUGUACAUUUUAUUGUAAAAUGCAUUUUUGUAGAGUCAGUAAAAAUAUUCUAGAAAGUUUUUUUUUUUUUU